AUGGAUGAUAGUAAUAACUCGAUUGCCCAAGAAACUAUAGAACGCGAGAACAUGAAGCGUGAAGGUUUAAAUGCACACAUCCAGAGCGUUAGUGAAGAACUUCUAAGAAAAGAAAGCUGGGAAGAAUUCAAACCGGAUGAAAUAGCUGAAGCAUCGCUUCAAGUUGCAACUAUGAACACGAAUUCUUCUGAUGAAGAUGAGCAAACACGUCGUUUUCAACAAUUUAUAUCCAUUGCCACGAACUUCUCGUCAUUGCCCUUCGCUCAAAGACUGCUCAAGAUUCCUGAUCUAGUCGAAAAUAUCAAACAAUUAAUUGAAAACAUGAUAAAAGAAAUUCAAGAGUACAGCGAUAUGGCAAAUGAACUUCACGAUCUCAUUGAGUGUUUUGUUCGUAUGGUAAUGCAAGCGAAGCAUAGUGUUAAUAUGAUGCUUCCUUUACUUAAAGAAACUACAACACAAAUGGGGAUUGUUCAAGACGUUUUGAAGCCCGACCCAAGUAACGCACUGAGUGAUACAGACAAAAAAGAUAUCAGACUUGCUCUGGACCAAAUGUCGUCCGGAAUCAAUCAAUUACUCAAUUUAUCUAAAUCCGCAGUAAUUGAAAGUCGACAAUUAGAUGAUCACGUACACAAUAUGACUAAUUCGGUCCAAUCAAAAAAGGUCACUGUAGAAGAACGGUUAGAAAUUGCAAACUUUUGUCUCAGGUAUGCUACAGGAGCCAGUUCGCUCGCGUCAGGCGCUGCGGCUGGAGGAUUCGUUGUGGCUGAAGCAUUCGGUGGUGUUGGCGCAUUAGUUAUUGCAGGAACAGCUUUUCCUCCUGUUACUGCUAUUAUUGGCGCAGCUAUUUUAGGUGGUAUUGGCGCUAAAACAGCUACCAUUAUGGUACAAAAAUUUUGGGUUCGUCAUCAAUUAAAAGCACUUGGUUAUCUGGAGAAGAUUUUUGAAAGCUUAAUUGAAUUAAAGUCGGCAAAUAGAUGUUUUAUGUGCCGUAUGGCUGAUACGGAAGAGAAAGCUAACGCUGUCUCAGUACAUAUUCAAGGUAUACAGCUAUGUUUAGAGAGCGAACGACAACGACGCGCACAUCACGAUGUCUGCAAUGUAGCUAUAGGAUCCACAACGGCAAUGAUAGAGAGCCUCGAACGAAUAUCCAAUCUGGAUAUAUCUAAAUGGACUGAUACUUCACAUAUCAUCAGUUCUCCGACACCAAUUAUGCUGACAUACGUGGUCAAAGACACAUGA